AUGAAUAGUUUCGCUACACACAGUAUUUUAAAUCCUCAACGGUUGAUUCAACUUUAUCAAUUCCAUCCAAAAUUAAAAAAUAUAUGGUACUUAGUCGCAGCGACAUCCUUCAGUGUUUGUAAUGAACCUCAAGAAAUACCCAAACUAUAUCAUUAUGCCAUGUCCUUAAGUGAUGAUCAUGCCAAGAAAUAUAGAGUCACGUUAGCUCAUAAGACAAUGGAACUAGUCAACAAUCCAGAUCAUGACUUAAAGGCAAGAUUAAUCAAUGAAAUUUAUUCAAACCCAUCCACACCGCAAUUGAAACUAACUCAAAAAUUUAGAGAUGCUCUAUUAACUUCAGGACCGUUAGCUGGAUUACCUCGUGCGAUUAAUGGACUCUCUAGCUUGAAAGAAUAUACUCCCACCGUAUUACUGCCGAAAACACCACAAAUUGACCCAUGGGAAGCUGCUAUGGGUAGAGAAGAACCUUGCCCUGCAACGAUGAGGGAACAAAUUCACUCUAUGCAGGAUAGGACUAAGAUAAUACAACGUGGGUUAAACCAUUGGAAUAGUCUGUAUAAUAAAGUAUCCACAAGAGUGGUGAAUAAUAUGAAUUCUUCAUAUCCAGACUUAUGGUAUUAUGCAUUGGUUCAUGUUUAUGGACCUUUGUUAUCAUUUGUAGAUGUUUUAAAUGCUCAAGAGAAAAGUUUGAUCGUCAUUGCUUCCUUAGUACCGCAGGAUGUUAAUCCACAAUUAAGAGGACAUUUAAAGGGAGCUUUGAAUAUUGGUUGUGAUUUCGAAACUAUUGAAGCCACUAGAAGACUGUCUAUCUUGGUUUCUCAAUGGUGUGGGAUAACUUGGAGAGACGGAAUUGUACAAUUAACUAAGAAAAAAAAGUAG